GCUGAACCCCGGCUGCCCCGGACCCCUCCUCCGCCCGGGACGGCCGAACAGAGGGCAUCUCAAAAACUCACAGAGAAGGGAUCUUCCGGGCGGCGACGGAGUUGGCAGGAUCACCAGAGAUCACGAUGUGCAGAGUGGAGAUGCCCCGGCCCCUGCCGGGAAGGCUGAGCAGACUGGCAGCUUCGCCCAGCUCUUCCCAUGGGAGAUGAAAUGUUUUAAGCCAAGACUGUGAACUGCCCCCAUCGGUCUUCCGGCACGUUGGCUCACACCAGCUCGCCUCCGUUAGCUGCGGGCCGAGGCUGCUGAGAACUAGUGUAGGGAAGCCAUCUGAGCAGAGUUUGGGAAGAUCCGUCACCUUCAUUCUCCCACACGCGGGGGAGCGAGAGUCUGCCCAGCGUGAAGGACAGAGCGUCAGAGAGAACGUGAAUAAGUAAACUCAUAGAAGAACACCAGAUUAUUCCCCGUGUGCCAGUGAUCACCCUUUGAAUGUAUCGAUACCGCUUUCGGAACCGGCAUCACAUUCCCGGUGCCAGGAAUGACUUUCCGACCGGGAACCGGGAGACGAUCUUUUCACGAAAGACGGAUGUGUAACAAUGGCGGUUAAUUUCGAACCGGAACUGUAGGGAGGAAAAGGCGAGAUUCAUUUUCCAUCGCUGCGCUAACCGUGUCGGCGACUAUCUGAGCCCUGACCGGUCAGCUCGACGGAGGCGCCGGUGGCUCUAGCACCUCGAAAACUUGGUGGCCGUGGAGUCAGGCUGGGCUGACCCCGAGAUAGAAAGGCCUUUUUCCCCAUCCCAGGGGCUGCGUGUGUUCCUUUUGAGCCACCUGAGCCUCUGCCAGAGCUCACCCGGUAAACGCCGGAGUCGUCGUUCUGCACAAGCCUAAAAGGUUCAUUUUCCAGUAACGGGAUGGACGAGGGUGACGUGCACCGUAUCUGACCCGUGGGCCUGAAGGGCAGGAACUCCCUGAUGGAUCAUGGCUCUCAUGUUUACGAAGCAGUCCCUGUUUUUAGCAGCAGUGAUAUUGGCACUCUCGACUUCUGAAGAGUCGGCAAGCAAUUACUCGGACUGGGUUGCUUUCACCGACGAUGGGGUUCAGUUCGGGCCACCGCCAGGACGGGAUGCCGGCCCCAACCCGAAGCUGAAGAGGGACGGCCCGCACCCGAGCUUGUUCUUCGACGCUGCGGGUGUCCCGGCCCUGAGGCAGAAGUCCCACUCCAGCCACCUGCACCUGUUUCGAGCCCUGCGCGGCGCGGUGACCACGAUGCUGUCCAACCCAUCCUACUACCUCCCUCCACCAAAGCACGCCGACUUCGCCGCCAAGUGGAACGAGAUCUACGGAAACAAUCUGCCUCCUUUGGCAUUGUACUGCCUGCUGUGCCCGGAAGACAGGGCGGCCCUCGAUUUUGCCUUGGAGUAUAUGGAUCGGAUGGCGGGGUACAAGGACUGGCUGGUUGAGAAUGCCCCGGGCGACGAGGUGCCUCUGGGCCACUCCCUCACUGGCUUCGCCACCGCCUUCGACUUCUUGUACGGCUCGCUGGAUGACCCCAGGCGGCAGCGGUACCUGGAGAAGAUCGAGGCGGCCACCGAGGACAUGUACGAGUACUCCAAGGUCCGCUCCUGGGGGAAACAGCUGCUUCACAACCACCAAGCCACUAAUAUGCUGGCCCUGCUCACGGGAGCCCUGGUGGCCGGUGUGGAGCGAGGGGCCCAGGCCACCCCAUGGAAACAGGCGGCGGUGGACGUGAUGGAGAAGACCAUGUUCCUCCUCAACCACGUGGUGGACGGCUCCCUGGACGAAGGGGUGGCCUACGGGAGCUACACGGCCAAGUCCAUCACGCAGUACGUGUUCCUGGCCCAGCGCCACUUCAACAUCAACAACCUGGAGAACAACUGGCUGAAAACGCACUUUUGGUUUUACUACGCCACACUCCUCCCGGGCUUCCAGAGGAGCGUCGGCAUAGCGGAUUCCAACUACAACUGGUUUUACGGGCCGGAAAGUCAGCUCGUGUUCCUGGACACGUUCGUGCUGAGGAGCGGGGCCGGCAACUGGCUGGCCCAGCAGAUUCGGAAACACCGGCCCAAGGACGGGCCGAUGGUGCCCUCCACGGCCCAGAGGUGGAGCACCCUUCACACGGAAUACCUCUGGUACGCUCCCGAGCUCACCCCUCGGCCCCCCGCCGGGUCCGGGGGCCCCGAGAUGCACAUCUUCCCCAACUGGGGGGUGGUGACCUACGGGGCGGGGCUACCCGCCGCCCAGGCCCACACCUUCGUGUCUUUCAAGUCGGGCAAGCUGGGGGGCCGGGCCGUCUUCGACGUCGUCCACUUCCAGCCCUACUCCUGGAUCGACGGCUGGAGGAGCUUCAACCCGGGCCACGAGCACCCCGACCAGAACUCUUUCACCUUUGCCCCCAACGGGCAGGUGUUCGUGUCCGAGGCUCUGUAUGGGCCCAAGUUUAGCCACUUGAACAAUGUGCUGGUGUUUGCCCCUUCACCCACCAGCCAAUGCAAUGUGCCCUGGGAGGGCCAGCUGGGGGAGUGCUCUCAAUGGCUCAAGUGGACCGGGGAUGAGGUGGGGGAGGCGGCGGGGGAGGUGGUCACCGCCUCCCAGCAGGGGGACAUGAUGUUCGUCAGCGGGGAGGCUGCGAGCGCCUAUUCCUCCGCCAUGAAGCUGAAGAGCGUCUACCGGGCCCUGCUCCUCCUCAACUCUCAGACCCUGCUGGUCGUGGACCACAUCGAACGGCAGGAGGACUCUCCCGUUGAUUCCGUCAGUGCCUUCUUCCACAACCUGGACAUCGACUUCAAGUACGUCCCCUACAGGUCCCAGGGCCGGUACAACGGGGCCAUGAUGGACGUGUGGGACGCCCACUACAAGAUGUUCUGGUUUGAUCGGCGCGGCGGCAGCCCCGCCGGGAGGAUCCAGGAGGCGGAGCAGGCGGCCGAGUUCAAGAAGCGCUGGACUCAGUACAUCAACGUCACCUUCCCCAUGGAGGGCCCAGUGACCCGGGUGGCCUACCUCUUCCACGGCCCCUACGUCAAUGUUUCCUCCUGCCGUUUCACCGAUGAUUCCCUGGCCGGGCUGCGCCUCUCGCUCCGCGUGAACGACACGGAGCAGGCCGUGUCCAUCAUCACCGACCACCGGAACCUCAAGAGCCGGUUCGACUACCUGGGCUUCGGCGGCUUCGCCACGGUGGCGGCUGGGGGCCGGAUCACCAGGUUUGGGCUGGGCACCGAGGCCGCGGAUGGGCCCCCGCGCAAGGACCGGGCGGUCUUCCCCUUCGGCUUUCGGAUGAACGUCCUGGUGGGCCUGAUCUUGGUCGCCGGCCUGCUGGUCUUGGCCUUCCAGUGGCGGUUCUACCUGUCCUUCGGCCUCCUGAUGCGCUGGAUCCUGAUCCUCGUCGUCACCCUGUGGGUCGUGGAGCUGGCAGACGUCUGGAGUGCCUGCAGACGGCCCAUCUGCACCACGUGGGGCGGCGACCGCCUGGGCCCGGGGGCUGGGGGCAGCCACGGGGCCGGGCCCCCCGAAAGACCCCGGGCCCGCCCCCCGGAUGUCGCCAUCGUCGCGCUUCCCGGGUCUGGGGCGGAGAUCCUGAAGCAGCUCUUUUCUAACAGCAGUGACUUCCUCUACAUCCGGGUGCCCACCGCCUACCUGGAUGUCCCAGAGACAGAGUUGGAGAUCGACUCCUUCGUCGACGCCUGUGAGUGGAAGCCCCUGACCCCGCGGGGGGGUGGUUUCCGGCUGCUCCGGGGCUGGCUCCAGUCUCUGGUCCAGGACACCAAACUGCACCUGCAGAACAUCCACCUUCAUGAACCCGGCCGCGGCCGCCCCGCCCAAUCUUCGGCCACCAUCGGGGAAAAGAAGAAGAAGGCCAAGAGGAGGGCAUCUUUUCUGGAACAGAGAAGCCGAGGGAAGAGCGCCUAUGACCGUGAGGCCGAGUACAUUAGGGACAUGAGGCGGCACCUGGCCUUCUAUCCCAACGCCCGCCCGGUGCUCAGCUUAAGCAGUGGGAGCUGGACCUUAAAGCUGCCUUUCUUUCAAGACGUCAUCGGGCCUUCGUUGAGAGCUCUGUAUGUAGUCCGGGACCCCCGGGCCUGGAUCCAUUCAAUGCUCUAUAACAGUAAGCCGAGCCUCUACUCCUUGAAGAACGUCCCCGAGCGCUUAGCGAUGCUAUUUAAAAGGGACAGAGGAAAGGAGAAAUGUGGCUGGAAUUCGGGCUACGCCACAGAAUACGAGUCCUUGAGAACAGAACUCUUAGACCCAGAGUCGACCGCCGUUUCCCUGCUCUCUCGCUUGUGGCUAGCAAACACCGCGGCGGCCCUGAGGAUCAAUAAGGAUCUGAACCCCUCGAGCUAUCGGCUGGUCAAGUUCGAGGACGUCGUGAGCGAGCCUCAGAAAACCGCCGAAGAGAUCUUUGCCUUUCUCGGCAUUCCUCUGUCUCCGGCUAGUCUAAACCAAAUAUUGUUUGCCACCUCCACAAACCUUUUCUACCUUCCUUACGAAGGAGAAAUCUCGCCUACGAAUAUCCACGUUUGGAAGCGUGACAUGCCUCGGGGAGAGAUUACACUGAUCGAGGACAUCUGCUGUGUGCUAAUGGAUCGCCUAGGAUACCCAAAGUUUACAAACUAAGUGCUGCUGGUCAGCAGUCAUUUGCACUAAUGAGUUCCCACUCAAUUUGUGGAUAAGAAUUAGAAGAGUUUGUUUAUUCUUGUAAAACGUGUGUGUACAGUCUGUUACUUGCACAGAGAGAUUAUUUUAAAAAUAGACUACGGUCUGGUGUAGCAGGCUUUAUCUCAAA